GACACUGCCUCGACUUGCCUUUUAACUCUAGCAUUUUCUUUUAAACUAUCAUCCAGUCUUUGUACAAUAUAGUACUCUUGCCAGAGUUACUGUCUAUUUCAUCUAGUAUUUGAAUAUCUCUAACCGCCAUUAUGCCGCUUCAAGUCACCAUGGCCAGUGUCAAUUUCUAUAUGGCCAACCUCAGUGUUCACUCUCGCUGGGCCUUGAUGACCUAUAUGUUUAUCAAAGGGAUACGAUGGGCAGCAAGAAGCAAUCUAUCCCUUAUUCUCGUUGUAUCGCUUUUUUUUGCGUCAGUGCAAGCGUUCUAUCAAGCUACUCUUCUCGUCCAGAUUGUGGAGGACUGUGUAGUCCAUGUGAGAUGUCUGUAUGCAACAUGGAUUGUUUAUACCAUCUUGCUUGAUAUUGUUUUGUACUAUCGUGCAUGGUGCAUUUCGCCCACAAAGUCCCAUAUCCAAAAGUACUCGUGUAUACUUAUGGUUAUGAGCCAUGCUGCUUGCUUGAUUGUGGAUGCGGACUAUUCACUUUCUAAUACACGUGACUUGCUCACUGCUGGAUGCGUGACGUAUCCUGGAUGGCCAAGAACCGUUUUGGGUGUAUUUUCGACCGUUAAUGAUCUGUAUCAGGCUGUUCUUUUUUGUGUUCCUUUGCUUCAAGCAGUCAGGAACGGAGUAGGAAUGCGUCGUGACACUUCCAUCUACCGUCGAAUGAUUCUCAAGUCCACCGUCUGUCUUGGAGUCUGUGUCGUCAUGAACAUUACUUAUGCUAUUCUCGUUGCUGUUGAUCGACAGGUCAUUUCUCUGUUUUUCUGCGAUAUGGCCUUGAUUUUCCAGUCUCUAUCUGCCUGCGAGAUUCAGUUCAACUCUCAUCGAGAGACUGACAAGGCAUCGUUGGGUGGGAUUGGAUUUUACAAGAGCCCUGUAGAUAGACAGAAAAAUAUGCCUACGUAUAGUCAAAGUAAUCCUACUAUUUUAAGUAAUGCUACCAUUGAUGCUCCUGAGACUACAGCUUCGAUGACUGGGAUGGAGGAUGCAAACAUUCGUAUCAUGCUUCCCAAGUAGUUGCUCUUUGUAAUUCAUAUUGGAACUACCCUUGCUUUUUUAGUUUUAUUUAUACAUACUUGUGACUGCUGGGCUGUAUUUGGUUUUGGAAUGAUCAAGCUUUUCAACUUUGCAUUCUCCGUCUUGACAGCAAUUCUUGAUUAGCUUGUUUCCGCCAGAACAGUUUUGUUUCUACUGUACUCUUUUGAAAUAAAUAACGGCGUGCUUAUUGCUUUAGUU